CCAGUAGUGGGUGUAUCCUGUGUAGGCUGCUGUCACAUAAACAGGGAAAGAGAAGUGCUACCAGCUAGUUUUAGGAACCACUGCGUGGAGAAAACCUGACAUAACUCCAGGGGGAUUCUCCAGUCGACUGCCAUCUCAGAACAACAUGGCAAAGACUAAACUGGCUGCUAGGAGCCCUUUAACUGAAGCAGCUGUGGGGUUUGCACUGGGAGCUGUGGGAGGCUGCAUAAUGGGAGCCACAGAGGAGCCAGUGGACCAGACCCUGUCAAUGAUGAAUGCAGCGGAACCACUGUUACCACUGAUGGACGAAGUCAGGACAGUGGGUGCUCUGGGGCUGGGGAGCCUUAUAGGAGCCACAGCACUAACCACAGCCAUGACUUCAGUGGUAGCUGGUGUGAUUCUGGCUGCAACUGUAGCGUCGAUGUCCGUGGCCACGCGGAGCUGCGCUGCCUCCCAAACACACUCUCUAGGCGUUUGGGCAUCAGCGGGACUGGCUGGGGCCUUCGGGACAACUCUCAGUGGAGCCACGUUCGGGAUUGCUGUUGAAUGGAUUGUGAAGAAUUACGGCAUGGUGGGCCUUCUGUGGGCGCUGAGCAUAUUCACCCUACUCAAACCACCCCUGCACUUUGUACUGAAGCUCCUCUGGAAGCAGGGAGAGGCCUGUCGCUCUCUGGGGUCUGUAGCCUGGGCCAGAGAAAGGGAACAGAUUGAAGUUACAGAGUCUCUGCAGAAACACAGAGUGGUUGUGCAGAUAGAGAAGAGGAUCCUGACGCUGGAGAAGGGAGACAGCUCCGGCGGGACAGAGCACAAGACAACAUGGGCCACUGAGCGAAGGCAGAGAGAGGAGAUAGAGAGGAAGAAGAAGGAGAGUGAAGAAGCAGAGUUGGACCAAAGAACCAUCCAAGACUGGAUCAACAUCAUGGUGGUCAAACACGUGGACUUCUUGGCUUUCUCAGGGAUACCAAUGACAGUUGUUGCCAUAGUAACAUCAAGCUUUGGGGUGUUAGGUUAUGGAGGCCACCAGUCUGUGCUCAUAGUGCUUCUGGCUUUGGUUGCAGUCAUGGCCUAUUUGCUUCUAAAGUCUUCUGACUUUAAGUUCUGGAUGUUGGUAGGAUGCAUGGGAAUGCUAGCAACGUUUGUCAUUGCCAUGCUCACCCUGCACGCUGGCCAGUUGGUCGUAACAUCUGCCAUGAAGAUGAAAGCAGCAGGGCAUCAUCAGUCCAGAGAAAACAUUAGCACUCGUAUGAGCUACCAAUCCUCCUUGGAAGCACUGAAUUCAGCUUUCUUUGUGGCAAAAAUGUGUCAGCUGGGUCUAGGGGCUGCAGUGGGGGGUCCGCUAGUGAGGCGUGCAGCUGGAGAGGUGAAAGUCAUAGUGGGGGCCGCUAUAGUGGCGGGUGGCUUACUGGCCGGGGUGGAGGGUUUGGCUCCAGCUCUGGGAGAAGGAGGGAAAGCUGGGGCACUGCUUGGUGUGGUGGCGGCAGCGGGGGUGUCGGUGGGUGGAGCAUCAGCUGUGGCUGGAAGGUGGUCCUCAUGGCCGGGAACUUUGGGAACAAUAGCAGGGUUAGUGAUUGGGGCAUUAGGAAUGGGUAAGUGGCACAUAGUCAACAUUGGACUGCAGUUGCCUGUGGCUUAUGUCUUCGCUAUGACUAAUACAUUUUAACAUGACACUUGUACUGUGAAAAAUGUUGUCAGUGCCCUGAUUUAAAACUAGAUCACUGUUUUAGUACCUGCCUUAAAGUGAUGAUAUUCUACCUUUUCUUCUUGUCACACGGAAUGUGCCAAACUAACCAGUAUCUCUUUUACAUUAAAUACUGCAUUUGAAUAAUGUGUAUUUUUGAGAAUCAAGGUGUCUUUGAGAGCUAAACUCACAUUCAUGUAACUGCAAGGGUUAUUAAAAACUAAAUGUCUUCCUC